AUGCAGAUUGGUAAGCAACCUUCUAUCAAUUCUACAAGAGCCAAAUACUUGUCACAGUUUCCUGCCUUCUUUCAUCCAUACAUCGAUGACAUUGUUGAUGUUGAACCAGAUGGAAAUUGUGGUUUCCGUUAUAUUUCAUCUACAUUAGGAUCGGGGGAAGAAGCAUGUUAUGAUGUUCAAAGACAGCUUUAUACUCAAAUCCAGCAACACGCAUAUUUGUUUUUCAAGUUGUUCUAUGACACUGUCUCUGAUGUUAGUAAUUCAUUACUCGUAAAACACUUGGGUUUUCAGGGUAAGGAGAAAUGGAUGACAAUUCCUGAUGUGGGUUACCUUGUUGCUUCUAAAUACAGUGUUGUAUUUGUUUCUCUUUCCAUGUUAAUGAACGUAACAUUUUUCCUGCUUCUCAUAGCUCCACCCCCAUACACGAGUCGACAUACGAUCAUUGUUGUUGGUUUUGUCAACGAUAAUCAUUGGGUUCAGAUAAAGUUGAGACUCGAUUGUCCACUGCCUCCCGUCACUGGUCGUUGGAGGAAUAAUUGUUCUAAUAAUGCAAAAGCAUGA